AAGCAAAUACCGUCCGGCAGGGCCUCGUAUGCGAGGUUGAUGUCUAUGUCCGCUUUGAGCGCCUAUCGGAUCACUAGUGGUGCAAUCUUCACUCCCCGGCACAUAUCUUCUGCAAUAAGCCCUAAUGUUUACUUGGACGAGGCUAUUGCGGCGAUCCCUGGGACCUUUGGCGAAUCCUUGGAGUUUGAAUACCUACAAGCAAUCAGUCUUGUAUGUCUGACUGCACGAGAAUGCGGCAAUGCGUCGUUGCUUCAACAAUUCCUCGGUCUGUACCAUGGUGCACUCGCCGAACAAGGCUUUUACGAUGAGAGACGCUGGCCCAGUGGCAUCUCAACAAUCGAGAGAGAAGAGAGGAGACGGCUGUAUUGGCAUAUGUAUCGGUUGGAAAUCCAUACCUCUCUUGUUCUCGGGCAUGCCGUACGAUGCCCCGAGCUCCAAUCUGCCGUUGCCUAUCCAAUGGUUCCCGAUCAAGAUUUCACGGAGUCUGUGGAAAACCUUGAGUGGCUCAGCGGUUGGAAUUAUAUCACUGAUAUCUACAGAGGCAUCGAACAUCUGAUCUCUUAUUUCAAGAACAGGCGAACGACAAUCAAUCAAGAUAACCGCUGCCUGUCUACAGCGUUCCUUAUUGACUACGACCCUCAGGAAAAGAUACUAAGACCAUUAGAUUUGGCGUAUUCCAACCUACCACCUCGCUUCAAAAAAGCGCAAGGGAUGUCGCAAGAUAUUCGCCUGAAUCGCUGUGGAUUUCAAACGGCCAAUAUUAUAGCAACGUACCAGCUUCUACGGAUGCUUUCAUUCACAGCAAAUGAUACGACAUUUUACGAAGCUUGCAGGACAGCCCUAGAAUUGAUUGAGGAGAUAUCCUCCAUUCCGCUGGAGUACAUGCGAGCCAUGGGUUUGGCAAUGAUACAGGAAUUAUCCGGUCUCGGUCACAUCCUGAGUAGUUUCAUCAAGAAAGAACUACCCAGAUCCGACUAUCAACACUUGAGAAUGGUAAUGGUGUGCAUGGCUGAGCUACUCGAAAAUUUGGCCACUUGCAUUUCAGCUGCUGCAUGGGUCAGCAAUCGUCUUCGUUCAUAUGUCGAGGAGAUUGAUCGCUACUUUGAGCUCCGACCGCUUCAAGAUGAUACAGCGGACCGUGGACACGCUCAGAGCGAUGAAGUUGUCUUCCAGGACUUUGACCCUGAAAUCUUCAUUCCCCUUGAACUUCUUCAACGUAUCCCCUGGGACUGGACGGAACAGCUCCAGCUCACAUGA